GGGACUUGUGGUGAGUGAGAUUGUGAGACCAUUAGCUUACGUAUCUUCUUGGUCUUCCACAAAUGGCUCUCAACUCCAAGUAACCUCACACACACACACACACACCCCACUCUCAAUCACCAUGGCUUUAGCUCCAAGCAGCCAUGUUUCUCUCUACACUUCACCAUUACCAAAAGCCAUCCUCACCACCACCACCACUGCUGCUGCUGCUGCUACUUUCUUUCAAACCAACACCAAGCCAUGUUUUUCACUCAAGAGCUCUUUGUUUUUGAACAAUUCAACCUCUUUUGCCAAUACCCUUUUGGCUAAACCAUCUAAUUUGAUUGUAAGAGCUGAGGCUGAGACCGCUGAGAGUGGUUCCAGCCAAGGAGAAGGAGAAGAACAACCUUUUGAAGAGUAUGAGGUUGAGAUUGUUCAACCUUUUGGAUUGAAGUUUGCUAAAGGUAGAGAUGGUAGGACUUAUAUCGACGCCAUUGCGCCAGGCGGCGAGGCUGACAAGACUGGGAAGUUUAGUGUUGGUGAUAGAGUCAUUGCCACCAGUGCAGUUUUUGGGGAUGAAAUAUGGCCUGCAGCUGAAUAUGGCAGAACAAUGUACACAAUUCGCCAAAGAAUCGGUCCAUUGCUCAUGAAAAUGGAGAAGAGAUAUGGGAAGGUAGACGAUGGUGGCGAAUUGACCGAAAAGGAGAUCAUCAGGGCUGAAAGAAAUUCUGGUGUGAUUAGCAAUAGAGUGAGGGAAAUUCAAAUGCAAAACUACAUGAGGAAAAAAGAGCAGAAACAGCAGCGAGAAAUCGAUCUUAGAGAAGGGCUAAAAUUUUACAAUAAUGGCAAGUAUGAGGAAGCUUUGGAGAAGUUUGAGUCUGUUUUGGGAUCAAAACCAGAAUCAAAUGAAGCUUCAGUAGCUAGUUACAAUGUUGCUUGCUGCUAUUCUAAGCUUAAUCAGAUACAAGCUGGAUUAUCAGCCCUUGAGGAUGCCUUGAAAUCUGGAUUUGAAGAUUUCAAGAGAAUCCGAACAGAUCCUGAUCUUGCUAACCUAAGAGCAGCUGAGGAAUUUGACCCUUUGCUAAAAAGAUUUGAUGAGUCAUUCAUCAAUGAGAAUGCCAUCAAUGCAAUCAAGUCCAUAUUUGGCAUUUUCAAUAAGAAAUAAGAAAAUUGUGUUCUUCUUUUCUCAAUUUUAUACAUGGAUGGACUCGAGUUGUUAUUGUGUUAUGUAAAGCUAACAAAAGGGUUGGCUGAGGCUUUUGCUUUCAGGGAAUCAAUUUGUUUUUAGUUUGUUGAUAUAGUUUUACUUUUUGAACAAAUGUUGUGUAGUUCUGAAAAAUGUUUUCUUCAUUAUUUCAAAAUUUUCAUCAUCUUAUUACUCA